AUGGCCGCCGCCACUCAAUUUAAGAAUUUCCUGUAUGCUUUCUGUGGAAAGCGGAAAACUAGACCUAUUUACACGGAAAGAUCCUCUGCUUCAGGCUUUAGCUUCCAGGUAAAACGGAGUAUAUUCAACAAAACCUAAUAACACGUAAAAAAAAGUGAAAAGUUUUCACAAAUUUUAGCUUUUAAAUGCAGCUCAAGCCUUUAUAUUUACUUUAAACAAGAGUAGAUUAUUCGCUCUUGCUUCAAAUCAAUUGUGAUUAUGAAGCUCUCGAACGUUUUCUUAGGUGCAGAUAGAAGGCUUUGAUUAUGUGGGUCUUGGAAGUGCCAACAACAAGAAAGAUGCUGAAACUAAUGCAGCCAAAGAUUUCUGUGGAUUUUUGAUUGGUGCUGGAAUCAUUCCUCCAGACUCUUUUCCUGAUGAUCUAUUUGUAAGUAGAUAAAGGCUGUGUCCACAGGGCCAAUUAAUCAAACAAACUUCUCCGUUUAGAGUUUUUCUGUACAUGAAAACCAUAUUUUCAAAGACUUAAAAGGCUCGUCAAGGGAUUUUUGAUGAUGAUUUACAAUCACAUCAUUUACGUACAGACAAAGGCCAUAAAAAUGCACAAGUUGUGUGUUUUUACAAACUUACAGACUCUUGUGGAUACACAGAUGUACACAGAUGUAGCUUAAAAGCAGGCAAAUGUUUAUUUAUCAUGAAAAUUGCAGAAUUCACAUGAUCAGCUGGAUUAUAUAGUUGAAUGACUCUGCAAACAACAGCCCUUCCUUGAGGAACCAUUCUUACAAUAUGAAAGGAAUUUUAUUUUCGCGUUUGAGGAUGUCCGCUUUAAAUGUUGAACAGUCAACAGUAUGGCCCUCAACCAAAUAUCUUCUUGUAUGUAUAAGCUAAUCACCUAUUCAAGUGAAGUUAUGUGUUGUUGGAAAAUGCUUAAUCGUGUCAUUUUCACUUCAAAAUUAUUUCAACAGGGAGAAGGUCCAACUGUACCAGCCACAGGUCAACCAGCUCAACAAUCUCAAAAGCAACAGCUUCCUUCAUCAGUUGCACCAGCACCUCAUUCUCAUCAGUUCACGCCAAACCAACAGUCUUCACAACCACCGCCAUCACUGAUGGGCAUGCAACAAGGUAUGCAGACAUUGCACAUUUGCUGCCUGGUUAAUUAGCUCAAUCAGUUGGGUACCAGACGUUCUGGGUUUUGAUUCCUGGCCAGAACAACAGUAAGGGUCUGCAAAUGGUUACACAUUGUAGCCUUAGAUAAGGUUGAAAAACCACAAGUCUUGUAUCACGGCACACCCACUGAACUGAAUCUUGAUGAUAGGAAGAGACUUUUACAGGUUGCAGGGCUGUCCAUCACUAAGAUUUUAGUUUCUGGGUAUAUGUAAUAAGUAGGCAGGAAUUUGAAAAACUAGUAAUCUUUUUUGGUUCAAUUUGCCCUUUUGUUUCUUGUGUGAUUUUGUGUGAGUAGUCACAUGUCUUGUCAGGGCCUCAAAUUAACUUUUUGAUAAAGGCAUCCUUAAAAAGAUACAAAAAUACUGAGUCAUGUUAACCUGCAACUCUCACAGAAAUUGCAGUUGCCCAAUCGGGCAACUAGGAUCCUAAACUUAGUUGCAUGGAUGAAAUGUUUAGUUGCCCCAGCAAGCAGCCAGCCAUUAACGUCGAGCCCUGUCACUCUGUGCCUAGAUUUAGUUGCACCAUUUAUUUGCACACAGGUGGUGGUGGUAUUAGUCAGAUGGGACAGCAGGGCUGGAGUGGUGCUGGUCAAAGAGACUACCAUUACAGUUUGUACAAUAAAAGGAAGUUUGAAGAGGUAUGAAAGGCCUAUAACACAUCUACAGCAUUGUAUGUUUAUUGAGUUUUAUACUAAAGAAAGAACAAAGAUUAUCUCAAGAGAUAAAAAAUUCAUUAACUACUGCAAACUUUGAUAAUUGUGAAGAACAACUCCCAAUAACCAACAUGCCAGUCAGCCAACAAUUAACCAACACUUGAUCAACAGUUGGCAGACAGUCAAGUGGAAGUGUACCAAGCUCACUCACUACAAACUUCACCAUCUGUCAGCCAAAUACUGAUGGACAGUCAGCCAACAGAUGAACCCUCUGACAAUUUGUGGCUUCCAUGAUUUAUUUUACUAUUUUGUACAAUUAAUCUUGGUCAAACUACAUAAAAAUUAUAUUAUUAUGUACGUUUAUCAAUCAUUGUUAAAAUGUGCCAUGAAUAUGAUGUGGUGACUUUUUCUUUGACAAAAGUUACUAUUAAAGAAUUAUAUUUCACAGAAAACAAAAAUUUAAAGUCUUGAUUUUAGGGCAGUUUCGGUACUCACAUUCACAUCACACUCUUUUUUCCUUAGAACCUUCUACAUCGUCUUUGUGUUGGUUCUUUACUACACGUUUGUUUUCAGGGAUUUUCAGUGCUUUUAAUUCUGUUCUAUCUCUGGUAUUAGGCUGAGGAUGUUGACCUGAAUGCUCAUCUCCAUGGUAACUGGACAUUAGCAAAUGCCAAGUCUCGUCUCCAUCAAUAUCUACAGCAAAACAGACUUCCUGCUGAUUUCAAAUACUCUGCUGGUGGUCCAGAUCACAACAGGUAUUGAACUACUGGCUUGGAACAGUUAACACAUGGGUUUCUUGAGAUGGGAAUGAAUAUUAUAUUUAAAAAUAAUGAAUGUUCUGUGUAAAAAUGUGCUUACUUAUUUUUAUAGGCUAUUUGCACGAUAGCGUCAUUUUACUACUACCAGAAUCCUUCAAGGUUUUGCUUUCUUGUGCAAUAAGAGCUUUUGUUAUUGAAACCUCGCUGGACCAAAUUUAUGAGCGGGUGUCUGUAAAUAUCAACCAGGGCCACUUUCUUCUUUCCUCAAGGUGGCCAUUGUUGUGAGGUUUGACUGUGUGAAAGAAAAAAACAAAAUGAAAUUCUGGUCUUAAUAGCCAAUAGAUGUCGUAGUGCGAGUGACCUGUUGAUGUCGUUAUAAAAGUAAUAAAUUAAAUUUUACAUACAUUUACACAUUCUAAAGAUAACUUUCCAAUUUUCUCUAUUCACUAUAAUCCUGGAGGUGGUGUGGCCGAGCAGUUAGAGCGUUAGAGCACUGAACUUGUAAUUGGGGGUCCCAAUUUCAAGUCCCGCUCUGAACGCUAGCUGGAUUUGUUCUUGGUAGUCCCGAGUUCAAAUCCUUGGCAGCACUUGUAAAAUAGCCAACUGGUUCGCCUUCUACCAGUUGGGAUUCUUAACUUUGUUAUGUUCCAUUUGAAUAAUGUGUUUUAUUAUUUCUGAAAAGCCCCAUGAAGAGAGAGUAUAAUAUAGUAUUAUUGAGGUAGGCAGAGGGAAACAAAAGUAAUUUACUCAUACAGAGCUCAGAUGAACAUGUCUGCACAGUACCAGAACAUUUUCAAAUAAGUUUAUACUUAUUCAUCAGGUGUAGUACACUUGUGAAAAUUGAGUAAUAUAUGCACAGUCGACAUGAUCUUGUGUUCACAAAGCAUGAUCAAUCAUUUUACAUGUCAAAAACAUUAAAAACAAUUCUGGUAGUUAACCUCCACUGUGAAUCCCAGAAUUAAAAUAAUCUCUCAAACAGUUUUGCUUGCAGCAUACAAAUAUUCAUUCCUCUGCAAAUGUAUUUUAGUCAUAGUUGAAGUUCAUACAUUUUUUAUUUGGAAAACCAUGAGGUUUUUUUAGUCAUCUAACGUUCCUUCUGUGGUUCUUUGGUAGGCACUUUGUUGCAGAGUUGUCAAUAUUUGUGAAAUCUCACAGACGAAGUAAGUACAUGUUUACUCUUCGUACAAUGUAAGUUAACAAUGGACAUCGCAAGAAUUAGGUCAAGUAGUAUUUUUUCCCCAAUAACAACAAUUAAAAAUCUUGAUAAAUAGUCAUUCAUUGUAUCAUAUGCAAAAAUCACAUGAUCUUAAGCUGGUGCACAGUAUAGUAUGAGUUUUAAAUUGAAUAGACCAUACAGCACUCAAAAUAAACUUGAAGAAUAAUAUUUAGUCAAAACACCAGAAAUAAGGCUUUAUCUAUAUUUUUACAUUUCUUUACAUAUUUUUCAUGACUCCUGCAGUUAGUAAGUGGUACAUGUAGCUCAUCACCACAUUCUUCGUCUAACCAUUCCAGAUUAAAAUAAAAUUUAGAAAUGUUGGUCUUUAACAAGAGAAGAAAACCAGCGAAAAACUUCUCGGGGCAAGAGUGUGAACCAACAGCAAACUCAAACUACGUACAGUGUCGUCUCUGGGAUUUAUUAACCCAGCCUCACUGAUGGUAGGCUAGUGUUUUGUCCACUGUGCCUCCAUUGCUCUCCCCUCCUUGCUGUUAUAAGCCAGACACUAUUUUACAUUGAACUGAAUAAUAAUAUUAAACCAAGCUUAUAUAGCAGUUUGGCUCAUCUAAGUGUCAUAUUAUUUUCAUUCGCUCUUUCUGAUGAAGUCAACGCAUUUUGUAGGAACUAGCCAUGAACAUGAUUGCACACAAACAUGCCAAAAAAACGUCUCUUUUUAUGGUGAACUUUCCAAAGACUUCUGAAUUGAACCCUCCUGUAACCUUUUAUCCUGCAAGAUCAAUGCACAAUGUAUUCUCCACACUGUAGUCCGUGUAUUUUUAAAUUUGUCAUGGUAUUGUGAUGAGAAAAAACUGCUCUGUUCUAUUCCUAAAACCUUUAUAUUGAUUUAAUUAUCAUGAAGGGAUAAGAGAAGAAGAUAGAUUUGUCAUUGCUUAUGUCUUCAAGGGUCAAUAGAAUAAUUUCUUCUAACAGUACUCAUUUUGUUUAUUUUUUUUCUUAGCCAUUAGUGCUCGUGAACAUGCUUCCACUAAAAAACAAGCUGCACAGAAUACUUCUCUCAGUCUUGUUAGACAGUUAUUUCACAUGGGAGCCUUGGAGGCUGCUGAACCAGGACAGGUUCAACCAAAGAAAAAGAAGGUUGAUGAGGUAAAAGUCAGUUUUUUUUUGCUUUUAGUGACGCAGUUUUGGCGACUGAUCAGUUGCAGGUUAAUUUGUUCCCCGGGCAGUUAGAGAAUUUUGUCCUUUUUGAAUUUGCUACUUCCUCAUUAUGGUGAUGGAAUGUAUGUUACUUCUGCAGCUGACUAAACUGUUGCAGUAAUCUAAUUAAAGGGUGGAAAGCAAUCCCUGCUUCUUAGCAGAAUAAGUGCGUAAAACAAGCUGAUUUAUAAUGGUGGUAUUUAUGGCAGUGAUAAUGAUGAUGACCUCUGUAUAACUGACUGGCUGUGAGAAAAGUGCUGUCAGAUGCUGUAGCUCUGUUCUUAUGUCUAAUAUGAGAAGUGAUCCAUCAGGCUGGGUGAUUUUUUCAUUGCAAGUUGCCAGAAUGGCAAACCAUGUUUGGUACCCUUUUAUUAGAAAUGAAUUAUUUAUUAAAUUCAGGAUUAUUACAGUGUAGCUUGUUAGAGCUCCAGUAGCCUUUAAAUUGAACCAACACUUUGCUUCUCUGUUAAGCUUAUUUUUAUUAUCACCCCACCCUGACAGAUGUACACAUGUAAUAAUCAGUUUUGUUUUUUAGAUUGAACCCUAUGAUGUUGGAAUCAGCCCGGAAAUGGAGCAGCAACUUGGUGACCUCCUUCAAGCUCUUCAAAUCCAGCCUGUCCCUCAGGUAUGGAAAAUAAGCAAAAAUUUUAUGUAGGUCUUCUUACAGCGUACAUUGCAUUUGACCAAGUUUUUGCUUCCAGAUGAGUGUCCACCUACUGAUUUGUAAAAUCCAUUCUCAUGAUCAUCCACUGACUUUGAUUCAGAAUUUCUUUUGUUUCCUUGCCCAAAUUAUUCAUAGGAGACAGGCGAUAUUCUGGUUUUACCUUAGAACAGAAUUUACGUACCACAUGUACUCAUUGGUAAAAUUCUUUCUUGGCAUUAAAUAGUUUGAUAUUUCACCAGCAGGGGGCAUUGAGGAGUGUGAACUCUCUAGUUUUCUUUCUAGAGAGCUUUCAUUCCAACAGUUUGAUGACAAGCUUGCAGUGCUCUCAGUCAAACCAACAACCCUGAGACAUCUGUAAGGAUUUCAGCUGUCUCUGGCUUGGCUCUGUUUUAUCAAUACAAAUUUAUGGUCAGACCUUUUGGUCAUGCACCAGGGACAUUUUUGUACCAGAGAGGCUUGAGCUUGUCUCACUGUUUACUGAAAAGCUUAAGUGAAGUUUCUUUAUUUUCUUCAUUCAUGAGCCAUGAAGAGAGGCAAGGCUGCAUCCUGGAAGUGACUAAAGAAUAAUUUUAUUUCUGUAAUGGCAGUACCAUCAAGGGCAAAAUAAAAACACUUAUAAUAGCUGAUCUUUUUGUAAAUUGAUCAGACUUAGAUUGGAUUUGAUCAUGGAUCAGAUUCUACAUAAUGAAUUAAACUUUCAAAAACGUGAUUUUUUUUAAAGUUUUGUAGUUUAUUACGAGACCAAAGGAAAAAAAAGAGGUCCACACAUAAUUAUUAUCAAUUUGAGAACUGUUUGCUUUAAUGAUGUUGUCCAGCUUAGCUGGAAGUGUUACAUAAAAAUUACAUAAAAUUGCCGGUAAAAGGAAUAGUGACCUUUUUAUCCAUGGUUGUACUGUCUGGUUGAGAACAGUGUCAGACAUAAAUGACUAAAUAAGUUCUUUUACAGAAGAUGGGCACUGAAAUGUUAUGCAUCAAUUGCACAGUGAAAAAUCUCCUUAUGAUCACCUAAGGAAGUACUGGUAACACCUCUUUUCUAGGGACAGUGCUUUUACACUCCAAGCAUCAUACAAUCCCUACAUUUACUACACAGACACUUGUUUCCUGCAGUUUCUGAGGUGUGUGCCUUCUGUAUCCUGUUGGGAGGUUUGACUGUGCUAUUUACCUUGGCAAGGCCAUAUGACCAUCAACUGCAAAAAGGCCAAUUGAAAUUUCAAAUCUCCAUUCUUUGGAAUCUGCAUUAUCAGGAGUAAUAAAAACGUUGAAAUUUAAUCAGAAAUCUAGCUCCACGGAAAUAGUCAAAAAACAUGGAAAUAGUCAAAAAAUGACCAGGCCACAAACUCAGCCAGAAUAAAGCUCCACAGGCUCUACUUACAAAAUAGUUUAUUUAAGUCUGCUUGGUUGAAUAGUAAUCUUUUACCAAAUUUUUUCUUCCCUAUGCCAAAAAUGGGCAAAAAUCAGCCAAAAUUAAAGCCAUAUUCAGUGGCUCAUAUAUUAAAACUGGCAAAGGUCUGUAAACCUGUUAAAAAUUUUGUGAAGUAAAAAGGACAAUUCAACGAGUUUACAUCUUGAAAAACUUCAACUUAGCUACAUUUUGAUCACUUGUUAUCGCCGAGAUAGACAUACUGGUAGUGGCAGGUUGAAGGGAAAGAGCAGAUCUUGUGUUUAAACUUCAGAACAAAAGUUAAAACCAAAAACUGACCCCACUCACAGAACAAGAAAUGACUCGGCCAUUUACUUCUGUAAUCAGUAUGCACCUUUUCAAUUUAAGUAUUCAUUCAGUCACCUGACUGUACUUGUUGCCUAAUGACAUUAUGACUGCAUGUGUCUGCAUAAUGCACAUUUCAAACCUUGUAGGGUCAGCUUGCAUAAUGUGCAUUUGAGGGUUUUUACCUUUUUGAUAGGCUAGUAGCCUUUGAAUGCACAUUUUGCAGAUCAAAUGGUAACAACAAAAUGUGUCUGACACUGUUCUUGUUUUAGACAGGAUUUGUUACAAAUGUCUGCUUCGAGGAUGUAGUCUUGUCUCUUUGUUAUAGCUCAUAUCUGAAGGGAAUGAACCAAGUCCAUUGUAUGGUGGAACAGACUAUUCUUGGUUAUCAAGGUACUAGUAAUGGGUAAUCCAUUAACACUGAACCUGUGCCUGUACUGAACCUUUCCCUUCUUCAAAUGGUCCUGCCAAUAAGGUCCCCAGACCUUUCCACAGAGAAGUCCUGUAUACUCUAACUUGUUUAGUCUUAGGGCGAGAGGUGUGCAUCAUGGGUGGAAGAUUUACAAAAACCACACUCAAACUCCAAUGUAAAAUAAGUGGUUUCAACCACUGCUAAAUCUUUUUUUUCUUAUUAUCGUUCAUUAAUUUAUUUGUGGGGUAGUUCUUACAGAGGUUUCAUAGAGUUAUCACGAGGAUGAGUAGAUGAGGUGGUCCAUGGACUGGUCUGUGGACUUGUCCAUUGGAGGGAGGGAUUGUAGGCUGAGAGUUUGUUUUUCAAGGUUUUCCUUUUAUUUCUUUAUCAUAAUACUUAAAAGAACAUUACUGGGAAGAAGAGAAAUAAUGUUUAUUUUUGCAAGUCAUUGUAAUGUGUUUGUGGUAGCCUUAAGGCAACCUCAUUCUAAGGGUUCUCUCAUACUUGUCCUCCUGAUAGUUUGAAGUGUCAGCCAUCCCUUGGCCCCCCACCCCACCCACCCCAAAUGGCUUAUUGCAGGGUGGGGUUAAGAGACAGCUGGCACUUCAGGCUAGUCCUCCAUAAUGAGUGAGAGAGAGAGUUUCAGAGAAGCCUGGGAAUGAGGUUAGUCUCAGGGUUGCAAAAGUGAACGUUAGAUAGUAUUCACACUGUGAAUCGAUUGGAAGGGAUUGGAUGCCUUACAUUUCUCUUCCUCCCAGUAAUGUUCUUUUUAGUGUUAAUAGAAAUGUGAUUGUUUUUUCACCAUACUUUUAAUAUGGUAAUGUCAAAGGGGAAUGAUAAAAUCUGACACAGUUUGUUUUCUUUCCUACGUCUUGGUUGUUUGGUCUUAAUAUUACAUUUGUAGCCAUUUUGUUCUUUAUUUGCUAUGAAUGAAUUACACAUAGGUAUCUAAAAAAAGUUUAAUUAGUAUAAACACGUCAGUGAUGCUGAGGAGUAAUCAUCACUGAGGUAAUGAAGGUGAGUUGUGAUAGCUAGGUUCUUUUAAUGCAUAUAAAACAUUGCAGGUAAGUUCUGAGUCUAAUAAGCAUUUGUUAUAAUGCUGUUAAUAGAUGUGCUAUCAUCAGUACUAAAAUUAUGCAGCAAGGUAUCUACUGUUUCUUUUUAGUAAUUUCAAAAAAUAACUAUGCAAACAGGAAAAGUUCUUUAAGUAUUAUUAAAUACAUUAAUAUAAUUAUAACACAAUGAAUUUUUUGACUGUUGCCAUUUAAAUGAUUGCCACUAUAGUUGGUUGUAAAGUUGUCCUCAGAAAAUGAUGCCCUUUUAUAAAUGCAUUGAAUGUAAUAUAAAACUGACAGCUUAAACUAUGAAAUGAUGAUAGAGAAAGACUUGCUUUGUUGACUGUUAUUGUUUUAGUCCCAAAAUCCAAAUGAGGCUGUGUCUCUUGUCCUUCCUCCUGGAAUGGUUAAAUUUGAUGAACAACAUCACGAGGAAGGCUCCGGAAUAGUAGAAUGGAGUUCACCAAACAUGAACUGGAAUCCUUGGAUAAAUCAGCCUGUGAUUAUUGAAGGUGCUGAGGAAUACCAGGUGAUUAGUUCAGUUGAAACUUUAACUUUGUCUAUCUUAUGAAAGUGUCUAGCAAUGUGUGGGUCUCUUAAUAUUUAAAAAUAUUAUUGCAUUGAUUACUAACUGAAUUCAACUCUGUAAUGGUUCAGUAAUUUAACUUUCCAAUAUGUGCAUUUUUUAUGAUGUACUAAAAUUUGUUAACAGUGAUCUAGCAGUUAAGGAUUCCUGAAAAAAAUGUGCAAGGACAUUGUUUUGCCUGUCACUUCUCUUUUGAUUUGUGCCAUUGCCUCUGUGGUUGAAUAAACUUCCCAAUAUUAACAUGAAGUUUUUUGUACUUUGAAUAGGUCAUCUGUUAUAACUAAGCUAUAUAAUCUAUGUUACAUGUUUCAUGUAAUCCAGGAACCUCUUUUAACAAGUCAGGAUUACCUAAAUGAGUACAGGGAAAAGCAUCAAAAUGAUGCAUACAACCACAUGUUGGAACAGCGUAGCCAGCUGCCAGUUUUUCAAUACAAGACAGCCCUGAUUGAGGCUGUCAAGAGAAGCAGAGUUAUCGUUGUCAAAGGUGCAACUGGAUGUGGAAAAACUACCCAGGUUUGUAGGAUAGUAUUAAUUGCUCAUCUUGAUCUCAUUUUGGUAUACUUUUUUUGUAAUAUUCCUUUCACCUACACUCACUCUUACUUUGGUAAUGCUCCUUUUUGUCUCUAUCUAACUUGUAGCACAUUUUCAGCAGACCUGUAUCAUUUGUUUGUGCUACCAUUUGGUUUCUGAUGUGUCCCAAGCACCCUUCAGAACUCUUACCUGGAUAACGCUAAAUCUGUAAAUCUGUAAUGUGUAGCAGCCUUUCAGCAUACUUGUUUAAGUUUUGUGUGUUACCUUUUGGUUGCUGAAUUGCCCCAAGCACCCUUCUGCAUUCCUUCUUAGGGGGAUGCUGUCCUGCCACAUACUUAUUUAAGUUUGUUGGAGUAUGUUUUGUUCUCUGAACUGCUCCAUGUACUCUUACUAAAUUAAUGCCCUUUUGUGUCUAUAAUUGAGCGUACAGAACCUUUUUAAUAUGCUUAUAUGUGAUGCCAUUUGGUUUCUGUAAUUUCCCUGGCACUUUUCAGCGAGUACAGAGGACCAUUAUGACAGCAUGUUGGUAACUGUUAUUGCAGGUUCCUCAGUACAUAUUGGAUGAUUAUAUUGAGACAUGUCAUGGUGCAGAAUGUUGUAUCACAGUCACACAGGUCAGUCAUAAUGCUGAUUAAAUGCACAAAACUUCUUACGCUGAGCAGGGAGUGCAUGUUACAUUAUUCUAUUUGUUAUGCUGCCAAAUAGUUCAGCAAUACUUAAUGUUCCAUUAUUUAUUAUGUAACAGCCCAGGCGUAUCAGUGCAGUGAGUGUAGCAGAAAGAGUAGCAAGUGAAAGAGCUGAAAUACUUGGUAGCAGUGUGGGGUACUCUGUGAGAUUCGAUACUGUUCUUCCCAGAAGCCAUGCCUCCAUGCUGUUCUGUACAGUUGGUAAGUUCACUCACUCUCUAGUAUUAUUAGAAUAUCACUUUUUUCAUGGUGGAACCAUGUUUUUAUUUUUACCUCUAUUUUAAUGGUCAACAUAGUUAGUAGACUGUAGCCUACGGUGUAUUUACUACCAUUGUUUCAUUGUCCCUCAGGUGUGCUCCUUAGGAAACUUGAAAAUGGCCUUCAUGGUAUUUCUCAUGUCAUUGUGGACGAGAUUCAUGAACGAGACAUAAAUGUAAGUGGCAUUUGAGUCAGAGAAACUUGGUCUGCUGCAAUAGGUUUGGGUAUUGCACUGGGGUUUUGAUAACUUUUAAAGGAAGUUCUAGACCAAGUUCAAGUAUGUUGUGAGUUAAGCCAUUCUAGUAUGCAUUCAAUCAAUAAUAAGUUUAAAGUGAAAAAUUAUUUACAAGAGUCCAGGCAGAAUACAGGUAAGGGAAAGUUGAUGGUCAGUGUCAUGUUGUGAAGAUGUUUUAUAUUACCAAAAUAAUCAAUGUUAACAACAAACAAUAUUUCUUUGUUGCAUUAGUCAAAACUUUGUAAAAAAUUCCCUUUCACACUAAAUAAUAUAUACAUCAUAUCAGGGUUGUCACAAAGUUUUGAAGUAGACAGCUGAGUUGUCAAAGUAAGUGGCUAGUCCAGGGAUAUUUUAGUUAAAAAAAGCCAUCCGUAAAGAAAUGCCCAGCAGAGUAGCCGGCAGAUGUUAACCAAGUAGGAGGGGAUUUUCACCGGCAGCUGGCUACUUUUGACAACCCUGAUCAUAUACAAAAACCAUCUAAUCAGAUUACGGGGGGUGACAGCUCUAACAAGGGCUGUUUCGGGAGAAAAACAAAUUUAUUCCGGGAAUCUGGAGAUUUUACGGGGAAUCGGGAAACCUGGGAAUUUUUUCGGGAAAUUUGAGAUAUUUUCGGGAUAUUGAGCAAAGAUUUGAUAUUACAUGUUAUCAAACAAUAUAUAUACAGUGAUAUGCAGCCAGUGUAUUCGCUGUAUUCUACGUAUUUUGACACUUGAAAACGGCUGAACUCCCCAUGAUAUGAAAAGACCAUUCAGCAACGAUUCCAACUGAAAUAGCAUGAAGUUCGAGUGCGAUUGACCACGUGCAAUCCCCAGCGGAUUGACACAAGAACCGUACCGGUGCAAGGCACAUACUAUCAGUUCACACCAGAUCCCAUCAUUCAUUAGUUCAGGGGUAUUUUUACGCUGCACGUUAACGAGUUUUAAGAGCACAUUCCACUGAUUGCAUACUGGAAAACUUGAAAGAAGUACGUAAGAAGUAUGUAAGAAAAAAACGAAACUCAUUUAACCUUGUUAAACACAAAUGAGGCCAUAAAAAGUAGUAUAAAAAGUAGUAUGUCUGUGAAGACUCUUUAAUCAUCCUGAUCUCGUCGGGGUCCUUCCGACUUUGCUCGAAAAUCCCGAAUCCCGAUCAAUAUGCGUUCGGGAUAGGAAAAUUUCAGAUUUCGACAGUUGUUCUGAAAUUUUCCAAUGAAUUCAUACAAUGACACCACACAGAGUACACUUAGUUGAAAGUGAUAUCCAGAGCAAUUUCAAAAACCGCACAACUUGUAUAAAAUAUAAUUGACUACUUCUACGCGAAGUCACGCCAAUAAAAAUAAGCAUAAAAAGGACAAUUGAUUUAGAGAACAUUUUGGACAGAAUUUGUCCUCUCAGAACGCUAGAAAUGGCGUUUCAGAGCACCAAGAUUUCAUAAUUUUCUGGGGGAGCAUGCCCCCAGACCCCCCUAGUGGUUUGCCCCUUCACUGCUCGCCUGAUUCAUCGGUGAUUAAAAAAACAAAAAAACAACGAUUUUAUAUACUUAAAAAGUUUGACCUUCUUUCUGUGUUAACAUGAUACCCCUCCAAACGAAAAAAUAACUAAGGUUAGAUAAUUAACAAGAAGCUGCAAAAAAUCUCUAAUCAAAAUUUUAAUGUUAAUUGUUAAAACAAUUUUGGGAAGUUAAACAUUUAUGGGGAAUGCCACCGAAAAAUUCGGGAGGGUCGACGAAAUUUCCGGGAGGACGUAAAGUUAUUAAUAGGACUGCCCAAACAGCCUUUGUUAGAGUUGUCACCCCCCGUCAGAUUGCAACAUUAAGCAAUACAAAUUUUUCAAAAACCAAAACAUUCGGUCACAGAGCCAGUAAGAUUAAGGUGGGCCGUAAGGUUUUGAGCUUUUUUUGAACUAUAAAUAUGUCAUGCAGAUGAAAGAGUGUGUUCUCCUUAGUGCUAAUAACAAAACAAUCCUUAUUGUAUCACUACAGACUGAUUUUGUUUUGGUCAUCUUGCGAGACAUGAUUCAAGCUUACCCCAACUUGCGAGUCAUUCUUAUGUCAGCUACAAUUGACACUCAGAUGUUUACAGAGUACUUUGGAAACUGCCCCAUUGUAGAAAUAGAAGGAAGAUCAUUUCCAGUGCAAGGUAACACAACCUUUUUGUUUGUUUGUGUAGCAACUAAUCCUUCUACCAGAUCUCUGUAGCCAGAAUGUGGAUGCAAGAGGGCCUUUUGAGACUUUGUGUCAGACCUAAUAUUAGCAUAACCCCAUGCAAAAGAAUAUGAGAGCACCACAGUUCACUGAUUUGUAUUCAUUCUAAUCUUAAGUUACAGUUUUUGUGAGCAGAAGACCUUGACAGUAUAAUCCGUAUAAUUUUUUCUGUUUGUUUUAUAGAAUAUUAUCUUGAAGAUGUAAUUCAAAUGUUGAGCUUUGUUCCACCUCUCCCUGAGAAAAAGAAAAAGAAAGAUGAAACAGAAGACGAUGAGGAGGUGAGAUAAGAAGACAGAAAACCUAACAUGGUCCAGAUGAUUCACACAUUCAUAUAGGAGUUGAUAGUGUUAUCCACUGGAUAAAUCUCUCCAGUGAAUAACGCAAUUUGUAUGUCUACUCAGUAAUAAACGCCCGGGAGACCAAGCGGGAUAGGAGGUGUCUAAAAGAGAGAGACAUUGAUUCUCGCAACUGUAACAAACUCCACAAAAUUUACAUGCCUUUAGCGAACAUAUGACCACAGUGUACAAAUAGCGGAAUUUCUGGUCCAUCCAUUGAUGCGCCUAGGCCAUUUAGAGAUCCAUAUCCAUUUUUUUGUUAAAUCUCAACUUCGUUUUCAGAAUCCUUACUUUGAACUUGACACUGAACAAGACGCAAUGCGCAAACUCUUUUUAAUCAAGAGAGGGGGCUUCCAUUGUAUCAUUUUCGGUACCUGUCAACUGGAUAGCUAUUUAUCCUUCAGGCCUCAGUUGUUCAAAAGUUCGAUAGCGCUAUCCACCGGAUAAAUCACUAUCCAGCGGAUAAGUAAAUGUAAGUGGAUAGUAACUUAUCGAGUGGAUGGCGCUAUCCACUUUUCACACAACUGGGGCCAGAUGGCGUAUCCAAAGUUUGGGAUCAAUUUAAGUUUCUGGGAAACUGUCCACCUACCCCUCCCCCAACUCAACGUUAACAUUUCCGUCUCACUUUGGGCAAAACGUUAGGUUAGGGGAGGGGUAUAGGUGGGCAGUGUACAGAAGAAACUCGAUUUUUUUUCUCAUCUUUUACCUUAGGAAAACUGUAACAUGAUGUGCAGUGAUGAUUAUUCAUUUCAAACCAAGAAUGCACUGGCACAACUCAGUGAAAAGGAAAUGUCUUUUGAGCUUGUUGAGGUAAAGAUUUUUCACUGCUGACCUAAUUUUUUAAAGGAAGAUUUAUGAUUCUUUUAGUUGUACAUGAAAUACGUAUGAAUUUGGUUAAUUUAAGUAACAUAACAUCAAGUAGAUCUUCAUCUUUUCUUAGUAUUAAUUUUAAGCUUCCAAUAAAGUUGUUUUAGUAAGAGAAGACUCGACAUCUCAUUGGAAAUCCUCUCUGUAACAGGAUUGAAUUGCAUAGUGUGGAGAUGGGAUAUUUUCAUUUACAGUUGAUCUUAACUUGGUGGCUGUUUUCAGCGUGUUAAGCAAGCGGAAAACAGUUAUUGUUAGUUACAUGCAAUGAUACAGAUUUUGGCAAACGUUAAGCUUUUGCAAUUUUUAGUAUAUAUUCUUGAUUGUUAUAGGCACUAUUGAACUACGUCUCUGGCCUCAACAUCCCUGGAGCUGUGCUUAUCUUUCUACCGGGGUGGAACUUAAUAUUUGCUUUGCACAAACACCUUAAGAUGCAUCCACAGUUUGGUAAGAAUACAUUUAGUGUGAUCAACUAAUUAAAAGCUGCUGUCAACCAUAGAUUGACCAGUGAGGAAUUUAAUGUGGAUAGAAUACGUGCUUUUUGAGGCGUAAGCAAGGAAAAGAAGGGAAAACUGAAGCAAUCAGUGUAUUAUUGUACCAUGCUUAAACAGCUCUAUGUGGCCUUAUUAUUCACCAUAGCAUGUCGUACAAGCAAAUUACUGUUUGUAACACCAAAAAUACAGCUAGUCAUCAACGGUACGAAUUUUAAACCAUCAAUUUAAUCCACGCCCUUUGAUAAAAGAAUGCAAAACUGCCUUGAUAGGCCUGUCAGCACUGCAGUUUGUUUUAAGAAAUAGAACCUCUGGUAUUACCUUUCAGGUUUAUUUUUAGAUUCAUUUUGUUUGUGCAGUUAUUCCAACUCCCUUGAUAGGCCUGUCACGAAGUUUUCACAGACGGGUUUAUUUUUAGAUUCAUUUUAGUGCAGUUAUUCCCGGGAAACUCAGAGAUUCGCUUCGUUCGCAGCGCAUUCGAAGUAUAAGAUAUGAAAGAAACUCAACGUCAUUUUCAAAACCUCAAAAAAUACCAUUUUCAGGUCUGUAGACUUUACCGACUAAAUUUGCGCCAAAAUCGUUCUAAAAAUAAACUGGUUGGUGAAAACUCCGUGACACGAGCACAAGGAAGUUACCGGCUCCGUGUUAUGGACUCCUGUCUGAAGUGAUUUAAUUUUGUGAUAUUUCAGGGGUAAGUAGCAGGUAUCGUCUGCUACCCCUUCAUUCUCAGAUCCCCAGGGAAGAUCAACGCAGAGUGUUUGAGCCUGUACCACAGGGAGUCACAAAGGUGCGUCUUCAGAAGAUGGUUUAGUUUAUUAGCAAACAGUAAAAUGUGCUAAAGAAGAAGGCAGCUUGGAUCUUGGCUGGUCUGUACUGUAGCGGCAAGGCGGCCGAACGAUAUAUUCAAUGAAUGAUACAGUUGAUCUUCCAUUAAGCGGCCACCCUCAGGGUACUGGCAAGUGGCAGCUUAAUGCAGGUUGGCCGCUUAAUAGAGGUUCGUCAUAAAUUAGCAUAAUCUUUAGGAGAAACAUCACUUAGUUUGAAACAAAUCUGCCACGGGAGAAGCAUCACUGGUCCACAAUCGGUCGUCACCACCUAUCUCGCGCUGUAUUUUCCUUCAUUAUAAUCUCAAAAUGAAACCAAACUUAGUGAAUCAGGCGCUUGAUGGCCUUCAUGACAACAGUGGGAGAACUCUCUUUGGAGCGUUCAAAAGGUGGCCGCGGUUUAAUUCCCCAUUCUUUUGUGUAAUUAUUUCGGGAUUUUGAUCACUCGCCGCUUAAUGGAGGUUUAACUGUAGUUCAAUCACGUUUUGUCUUUGUAAAUUUUGAUUGAGGUUUGUUUGGUGUCUUGCAGAUCAUUCUCUCUACCAACAUCGCUGAAACAAGCAUCACUAUUGACGAUGUUGUUUUCGUCAUUGACUCUUGCAAGUACGUUACAAAGAACUGUUGCGUUAAAUCAAAUAUCUAGAGAGAUGCCUUACGUUCUAUAAAAACCAGAGAAAAAUACGUUAAACCCAUGGUACAUAAACGUUUCUAUUCAGUGCAAUGUUCUGUGGAAUGCUUGUGAAGUUAUUGAAUUGCCAAGGGUAUAAAUGCACGUUCUUACUUACAACUGGGAGCCAUGCCAAUCCAAACAUACAGCCUGCGAACUUUAAUAUCAAUACCAUAAAUCGCUAAGGUCACAGUACAAAAGAGCCAAAAAACGGCUAACCUCGAUAAUUAAGACUAGAUCGAACAUCAAACUGUAACUUUGGCACUUCUGCAGAUGCUAAUACAGCCCUCAAAACACAUGAAGGAUGGGUGGGCGUGGCAGGUCAACCAAUUGUAAAUGGCAGCAAAACAAACUGAACUUUGAACCGCCGUCUGACCUUGAACUCCUCCCCCCUCCCCUACUCCCUGCCAAUGGAACCCAUGUUCCUUGCCUUCUGUGAUAAAAAUAUCUUCUGUCAAACUGGUUCCCCAAUCAGAGCAAAACCACAUUUUCUCGUUCGGGUCUGUUGAAAAAUGUUUUUCGUGUUAUCUUACGAGAGAUAGGGUUCCGUUAUGAUGCAUGCACACCAUGUAUUUAUCUGGUGUAAAAACGGAUUGCAAAUAGCAGUUUUUACAUCGUUCUUUUAGAGGAUUUCCGCGUGAGAGAAAAUGUCCUGAGAAUGUCCGCUUUAUAUCUGAAACUUGGCGUUUAGUUAGCUAUCACCUUGAGUCGUUAAGUGGAAGAAUGGUUAUACCUUCCCGAAGCUGUUAAACAACAUAAUAUAUUGCGGUACCUGGUAGAUUUAAUUACGAGGACCACGUCAAUAACUUACAUAGACAUCAAAUAGGUUCAGUUGGGCUCCGCCGCAUUGCCCGUAUUAUUAAAAUGCUACCAAAUUUGUUGGCAACGCUGUGGGAAGGUUACAAAAACAGCCUGUUGUUAGCUUUAUUCAUAUAGGCUACCCUGAAAACAACAAAAUGUAUUUUUUUUCCGUCAGGGCUAAGGUGAAGUUAUUCACGUCUCAUAACAACAUGACAAAUUACGCAACGGUGUGGGCAUCAAGGACUAACAUGGAACAAAGACGUGGCCGAGCGGGCAGAGUGAGGCCUGGGUUUGCUUUUCAUUUGUGCAGUAGAACACGAGCUUCAAGGUAAGUGUGAAAAAUCUUACGAAAUGAAUAUACCAAUGAUACUUGCUGCGUUUAGGAGGCUAGCUUUCAUUGCAGAAAGUGUCCACGUUUGUCUAAUUCAUACGGCAGACGUUUUCUACAUCAUUGCAUAUGAAUACAAGCGAAUUCUUCAAAGUUUGUUAGUAAUGGUGAUAGGACUGAGUAGUGUCCAACUCGGUCUGUAAUCAUGCAAUUGAUUAACAAAAUCGGACGACCGCGUAGCGGGAGUCCAGUUUGUUUUAUCAAUUACCGUGACGGCUGGUACUGUCCAAUUACUUAGGAAUGCUGCAUAGUUCUAUUACACUGUCCUAUUAAUGCUGAAAUGAGGACAGUUGAUAGCCAAUUAUAUUUGAGAAUUCUAUUAUAGUUAUGAUUAGUAUUGUAAAAGCCCAAUUUCGAGUUAAUUAAAUUCGUCAUUGGCCCCAAGGCUGAAGGAUAAAAACAAAAGUGGUCGCAUUAAGAUUGAGGGACGAGUUAUUCAUUUCUUUUCUUUUAUACCCCUCAGCCUUGAAGUAAAGUAUGAAUUUUAAUAAUUCAAUACUGGUCUAAAGAUAAAGAAGUUGACCCUUCUUGAUAUUGAACAUUAUUUGCCUUAGUUACCUGAUGUAUGCUCUCCACAGAGAAAAUUUGGGAGUGAAGGUAAUAAUCAACUUAUGUAGUAGUAUUCAUCGAAAGCUGUGGCUAUAAUUUACAGACUUGCUGAACAUGCCACACCCGAGAUACUCCGCACCCCUCUUCAUGAACUGGCUCUCACCAUCAAGCUUCUCAAACUUGGAGAUAUUGGGGAGUUUUUGAACAAAGCCAUUGAGCCUCCACCGCUGGAUGCUGUAGCAGAAUCUGUUGCACUACUCAAAGGUAAGGCGACUUCACACAGUGAAAACCUAGAAGCUCUCCUUGUAGCGCUCGGCUCGUUGAACAUUUCUUCCAUUUUGGCUUUGUCUGAGUCACCAAUGCUCUUCUUCAUCUCGGAUUCUUGUUUUUCUUUCUUGAAACAGGCCUCAUCAUUUUCAAGGACUUCUUUUCCUUAAUCUGGAAUAACUCCUUCAAACUUGUUAUUACGAAGGAAACAUUUUCUCAGUGAUGUCAUUCGUUUUUCGUUACCCUGCCAUUCUCUACGCGCGUAGUUUAAGUACACUUUGUAAACUAGAAGUAAUUACAGAUUAAUAAAUUGCGGGUCGAGACUCCAGUUUAUGUGUGAGAUAUCACAGUUUUAACGUGUAAAUAUUUUAAUAAAGCAAGUAGCUUGCGUGAAAACGAGAUAAAUUUGAACCAAGAGAGAAUCGCCGCCAUUCUCGAAUUUUUGUAGGCCACAAUAAAAUUAUGAAGCCGUGGCCCAUGUAUUAACUUGUGUUCAUUGUAUUUUGUUUAGAUAUGGAAGCUUUGGAUAAAAACAUGAACCUUACCCCACUCGGCUACCUUCUGGCCAAGCUGCCUAUUGAACCACGCCUAGGAAAGAUGAUUAUACUGGGUUGCAUCUUUCAGUAAGUUUGCUUUUUUUUUCUUUGUUGUUGUUGUUGUUGUUGUUUUUUUGGUCCCACUCAUCUCUUUGGCCCCUUGCUUCAUCACUAGCGUUCUCUCUGUUUGUCUCACCCAUUCACGCUGAAAGCAAAUUAAUCUUCAAAAUUGCCCUCUGCGCAAAACCUCCCCAUGUACGAAGGAAUGUUCGGCAUGAAGGAAAAACCUUCCUUUUUAGUAGUCGUUGUUUCCUUAUUGUGUUGCUUAAUUAGUUUUUCUCUACAAAAUUCCGUUCGUCUGAAAUCAGUGAAUUUAUAUGAUUUAACAGACAUUUAAUAAUCAACAGUGUUGGCGGUUUUGUUUUGAUUUUAUAUUUAGCAAGGUCAGUGUUUGAAUUGCGUCACGUUUUACUAAUGAUUCGCUUCGAGUUAAAGGUUUUCUAGUCGGUGUCGGUUAAAAAACAGUUAAAUCUACCUAAUAUGUACACCAAAGAGACAGACUGGAGUACGUACUUUGUUGGAACCGUGGUAUCUCUUAUUCGGAAGCUUAUAUAUGCCGUGUUUCUUCCGACAUCUGAGAUCUGAGAUUCGACAUCCGACAUUUUAUAUGCGACAUCCAAGAUCCGACAUCCGACCUCCUUAGGUCCAAAGUGAUACAGAGGGAAGUGUGACCUAUCAAUAGCAAAAGUUUCGACAAUAAUCCAGCUAUUAUAUUUGGGUUCCAGUUUAGUAUGCUUUUUAUUUUAUAUUGUCUUUCAGCUGUGGAGAUGCUAUGUGUACUAUAGCAGCCAGUACCAGCUUCCCUGAGCCAUUCGAGACACCAUCUGACCGCAAGAGACUGGGCUGGGUACAUAGGCAGUUUUCAGGGACACGCCACAGUGACCAUAUCGCACUUCUUAGCGCAUACCAGGCUUGGGAAGAUGCUAGGUAAAUCACCUUUUCGACAUCUGUGUUGUUGCGGUCGUUUAUGUUUGGCUUAUUGCAAUCUUGGCUCCUUCAUUGUGCAUUUUUAAGUCGAUGCUUUAGCUCUUCGAUUCGUUGUCGAUGCAUUCCAUCUGACACUGGAGAAUCCAGACACCGAGAAGUGGGUGUAAAAGACAUCAAGGCUCACCGAAGUUCUUUUACACCGACUUCGAGGUGUUUGGACCUCGGCUGAAGAAACACCGUGUCGAGUAUUUGAUAUGCCUCUCAUCAAUCAGACCCUGGAUACAGUGUACCAGAGGUUUGUUUCCCCCGUGCGGCGAGAUGCUUCAUUAGAGAGAUUAGAGAGUUUUAGCUUCACGUAUACGUCAAACGGCAAACGCGAAUUUGUACCACGUGACCAAGUUUUCCCCUUUAAAAUUGUCGCUUAUUGUUUAUUACUUCUACACAAAAAUAACUAGUUUCACGCAAGCCUUAUCCAAAGAAAUUGUUCUUAGCAGUUUUUAUCUACUUAUUUUCUAUUUUGAUAAAUUCUCAACUUGAAUCUGACGUUUGCCCUUUGCCCUUUGCCCUAAACUCUGAACGGGACUCGAGGGCCGAAAUCACGAGCAGUGACUAAAAUCGGAAACUGCGCAUGUAAAGUCUCUGUCACCCAGGGUAAAUGAUCAAUGAUAUUUGACGAAAUUCACCUUGAUAUUUCUUCCGAAUUCUUGUGGGAAGCUUUUAAUUUGUUGUUGGUGUUUUCAGGUCGGUGGAGGAUGAAUCUGCAGAGUACCAGUUUUGUGAGAGUCGUCAGUUGAACAUGUCCACUUUGCGCAUGACAGCGGAAGCUAAGGUAAGAUCAAAUCCAAUGUGCAUUAUUACAUGGCUGGUACCGCGAGCGGGCAAGAUGAAGAGAAUCCUGUGUUCUGAUUGGCUACCCGAACGGGGAAGGUGGGUCUAUCGUGCCUGCUCGGGAUUUCCCGCGUUAGUCCCGCAAGAAAAAAGUUCUCUUGGUCAUAUAAUAAAUCGAUCUAUUAUUGACCAAAACGACCGUGGCCGGCAAUAUCCAACACAUAUGUCAUUCCUUGCGCGCGCUCCACAAGUCUCUCCGCUGGAUACAAUGCCACCAUGCGUUUGAGAAGUCAUUGCUUUGAAUCUUGCACGGGACGCGCAUAUGGGAGCUGACGAAACCUUGGCGACGUCAGAGAAAAUAAAUACACAUGCACUCGCAUUACCGGCGAAAUUCGUUAAGCUGGAGUUAAGUUGUUAGGAGCCGCAUCCAUGUUCAGAAAGACAGCGAAAAUUCGUCGUCGCUAUGAAACGUCGUAAAGGGAACGUAAAGAUGAGAUUCGAUGUGUACAGCGUUUAAAUUGUUUAUUAAACCUUCGUGAAACCUUCUCGCGUGAUUUGACGUAGGUGUCGUUGUUAGUAAACUCUGUAUUGUUUCUUUUUCUCUCCUGAUUCCAUUUUUCUUAGCCAUACCACAUGAAUUCAUUGACCUGCCUUAUUCCGCAGUCCCACUUGUCUGUUUAUGCUUAUUUCUUAUUUUUGAUGAUUGUUAAAUACGAGAUGUGUAUAUCCUGACUUGAAUCCGGUACUGGAAUUGUUUUGUUUUCUUUUACAGCUGCAACUUAAAGACUUACUUUGCAACGCUGGAUUUCCUGAUGGUAUGUUUUUACUCUUUUUUGUUCUUUUUUCCUUUCUUUCUCUUUUCUAUUGUUUUCUGAAUUGUCUUGUAUUUAUCACGCGAAAAGAAAAGAGGAAACAUCGUUCUUCGUCUGCCACGUUCCGGAAGUAACACAAGUCUGGAAUUGUUUUUGAGGAGAGGAGAAGACUGGGGUACCUGGAGAAAAACUCUCGGAACAUCUGCUUUCGUGCUGGCCAACACGAAAGCAGGAUGUCGCCUCACACGUCCACUGUAGUAUCAUCUGUGUUUUAUUGUAUAGACACGAGUGUUUUACUGGAAAAUAUACCACUCGUAAAAUUCAUAAAAACUACAUCCGGGACCCGAGUGGUUUAUUUUCCGUAAUCUCACACGUGAGUUUAUCGAUGACGUAAUUUUGGUAAUUUCCCUCUAUUAUUUUAUCGAUGUCAUUUCGUCUAUAUAAUAAAAAGAACAUCACAGGGCGGCUUGAAGAUAUGAAUUUUAUUUUCUCGUGGCAAAAAAAUAUUUUACGAACGAGCUGCGCUCGUUCGUAAAAUAUUGUUUUGCCACUCGAAAAUAUUUUUUUUGCCCCCUUCGCGCCACCGUGUAAUAUCUUCUAUUUAUUUUAUUUUUUUCAGUUGUUAAGAAAUCUGUAUUUGUGGACUUUCAUUUUUCAAUUGUUGUAUAAAUAGUGUGAAAUAUACCUGAACCACAGCUAGAACCAAUAACACACUCGAGACACAUGGCGUCAUCUCUGAGAUUCGAACCGGACCAAUCCUUUUUAUGAAUGCUUUUGAUAAGAGGAAACUAUUCGUAAUCUCGUCGUUGUCAGACUGAAAGAAGGGAGGGACUAUAAGCCACCUAACCUUCUUGAUUGAAGUUGUCCAGGUCAGAAGUGGGUUAGAAAUGCCCAAGCACGCGUAAACUGUUCUAUUUCCUCAAUCCCACGUGCCAUCCCAGAUUGGAGCCAUCUAUUCCCAGGCCUCAUACGUUCGAGUCCUCCCUUAUUCAGGACCCAGGGCCUACUAUAGACAUCAUCGAAAAAGCUGCCACUAUGACUUAAUAACUGCCUACAGCGUGCCUCUACUUCCCACUAUGGCAGGUUUUAGCAGUUUCGAUCUUGAUUUAUAUUUAAAACAGCCUAGAAAGGAAAUAUUGUUAUCAAAGAUGGUAUGUGUUGUUACUAACCUAACAUCGCGUCAAUCUUCAAUCAGAAUGUAUGCACCCUCAGCCAUUCAACUACAGUGGACCAGAUUCCAAGCUCGAUAUGGUAAGAAUAAUUUACAAAUAACAGAACACACAGUACUGAAAUAUCACAGUGUCUCGUUAACCAUCUCUAAAGUUCUGUGCAAAGGCCUUAAGAAAUCAGUUUUUUCAGUGCCAGAAAUAGUGAUGGAAUAGUGGCUCUAUAAAGUUUGAGUCUGUCGGUGAAAUCAUGUAGCUUCAUGUGGUGUGAUCGUACAAAAGAAACGCCUUUAACGGUGUUUUCACUUGCAGACUGUUCACGUUCUCCCAUGUUUCGUUAGAUCUUCAGGAUCGAGCGCUUACCGAUAUAGACGGGCUUCGGGUAAAAGAAGGGGGGUGUGAAAAGUCACCUGGUACUAUUUAUUUAGUAUGUAGUUCUAACUUUUAAGUCUGUGGAUGAAAUCCUAUGAUGUAAUAGUACAUAGUUCUAACUUUUUAGUUUGUUGUUGAAGUUCUGUGGUGUGACCAUGCAAAUGAAACCUCUUCAGUAGCAUGGUACUAUUAAAAUAGUAUAUAGUUCUAACGUUUGAGUUUGUUGGUGAAUUCCUGUGGUGUGACCAUUCAAAUGAAACCCCUUUGAACGCAGCACUUUUACUGGCUGCUAUUUGUUGUUAAUGACUUUAUCCACCGAAAUUGAGAUUUUUGUUAAAAAAAAAAAGGUCCAAAGGUUUAUUUAUAGUGGAAAGUGCACUUAGCUUAUCCAGCUAGUUUACAGGCACUCCACUCAAAAACUUAGAAACAAAUAAUUCAAAUACAAUAUAACAGAAUAAAAAAACCCAAUUGUCAGGAGGCAACCAGUUGGCUAUUUACAAGGGUGGCUGAGGAUGUGAACUCGGGUGACCAAGAACAAAUCCAGCAAGUCACCAGAGCGGGACUCUAACCCGGGGACGCCGGAUUGUGAGUCCGACGCUCUGACCACUUGGCCACGCUGCCUCCACCACGUUUUAAGUUUUUAAGUUUAGACACUUGUGGGGCGUAAAAGGGUUCACAGAAAAGCAUUGCGUUCUCUAACCUGGGCGCCAGAGAUUUUGUCUUCUUUCUUUACUCCGGAUGAAUUCCCGGUAAAGCGGCGACAGUGAGGCGCGAAACCCCCAAAAAACAAUCUCAGGAGGUUUAUCGAACUGCGAACAUGAGAACGACCCUCCAGAGCCAGGGUGUGCGUUCUCAUCCAUGGGUUUGUCUUUAGUUUAGAUGGGGUACUGCUUGACUUGGUGGAACUUUGUUUCAGGUUGUUGCACUGCUUUGCCUGGGUUUAUACCCUAAUGUUUGUGUUCACCGGGAGAAGCGCAAAGUUCUAACAACAGAAGGAAAAGCUGCUCUCAUUCACAAAUCUUCAGUUAACUGCUCCAACAGGGAACAGACGUUUCCUUCUCCUUUCUUUGUAUUUGGAGAAAAGGUCAGUGUGGGUUAAUUUGCUAGGUAAAUACGUUUCUGCCGUUAACCAGUUAAAUAAGUGUAGACCACGAUGGUGCAGUUAAGAGACACUCCAUGUUUCGUCAGGGAGACCUGCCAUAGAAAUUUAUUUCCCCUCUCUCGUUUAGAGAUCAUUUUGCUACGUCAGAUCUAUAUACACCUAAUAAUUGCAAUAACGUUGUCUUAAGAGGAAAAAUGACAAAAUGGGAAAACGCCAAAUAGGAAUUAGUUAAGCUUAAUAAAAAACCACUAUGCUAUUCGUCAAUUUGCAGCAUAGAUGUUUUUAAGGCGUAAUAACCAAUGCAAAUCCAACGGCUGUACGCAUAUGUUGCAAAUGAAUGCAACGUAUAGUGGGUUAUUAUUAAGUCUUAUUUAUUCCUAUUUAGCUUUUUACAUUUUUCUAUGACAACGUUGUUGCAAUUAUGUGUAUAUGAUUCUUUGAGACUCCAUUUCAUCAUUUGAUUAUCUUCAGUUGUGUAGCGAGUGAUCCGCGUAUUCAUUAAUGUGUAGUAGUCUCGUCAGUUAUGUUUAUAAAGAGGAAGCAUUGUGUUUAUAAUGGCAUGCCUACUAGUGAAAGGGGACCGCUAUUUCUGAAUGCUAACAAAUCAUGAAUUUUCUCACGGUCAAACUCGUUAUAUUGUCAUAAUCGGUCAUUGAAUGAUGAUGAUGCUCAGUUCGUGCAUUGUUUAUCUGUUGUAGAUUCGUACCCGAGCUGUGUCGUGUAAGCAGAUGACAAUGGUGAAUCCGCUUCAGUUGCUCAUGUUUAGCCAAAGUAAAGUAGAAUCUGAAAAUGGUAUCGUCAGAAUGGACGACUGGUAAGCCACCACAGCGACGGCCUUGUACGUAAACACACAGGGUACCCGCUUGACGGCCUUGUACGUAAACACACAGGGUACCCGCUUGACCUAGAUAAUGUGGCAUGAGGUACCUAGCAGCAUUGCGGCCGACCUUACGAAACCACGGCUUUGUUCACAAGGCACUGGACAAAUUUUCGACCGACUGAAACAUUUUAGCAGACACUCCUUUCACCCUGGACCGUUCAAUAUUUUCACUCGGUUCACAUGGAACUUUGAACUGCUAGGCGUCUUAAUUUCCGUACGGUUAAGGUGGCUCUGUGUGAACACAACACCUAAACACACGAAUCGGUCGAAAAGGCUUACGGUGCCGUCUGAUUGUAGCCUGCGACAGCGACGGGAACGGGAACGCGAACGGGAACGGGAACGACAACGGGAACGGGAACGGGAACGGGAACGGGAACGGGAACGGGAACGUUCAAAAAACAAUUGGUUUAGGAAGUAAAAUAACAACUCUGCACGAGUGUUACGCUUUGUUGUAUGUAAAUUUCGUUGCCGUCCCUGCACAACUACGUUCUCAACUGACUAAAUUUUAAGUUAACGUAAGAACGGGAACGGCAUGGGGACAAAUUUUAUUAUCUCUAUCUGAGUUAGGACGUAGCCCCCUCCCUUUAGCUCCAAACAAAUUUCCGUUGUUUUAAUUAACUUGCAGCUUGGAAUAGUCGCGAAAAAGUUUAAAAGGAUGCGAGGGAGUUUUUUGUUUUGGUUGGUUUUUCUUGGGGGUGGGGGUGGGGCGGGGCGGGGCGACGUUUUCAUUGUCGAAUCGUAAGGACCCCACCGGUUUCGGUGAUAUACAGCAUAAAAGCUACCAAUGAAACCGGAACAUGCUCCGGCCGAAUCCUCGGCAUCAGCUCGUGUGUGCCUUGUCCUUUACCGUCAUUUUUUAUCCUUCCAGGUUACAGUUCCGUUUUGUCCAUCAUCAAGCCGCUAUGAUUGUAGCUCUACGCCACGCGGUGGAUUUCCUUUUAGUUCGUGCUGCCACAACUCCCUCCAUUAUCGCCGAACCAAGUCACAUGGACGAGAAAAUCCUUCAUGUCAUGAAGUCCCUGUCUAGAGCCAAUGCCGGAUGGUUUGGAGUAAACCGCGGCGGGGGAAACCAGUUUCAGCAUCGAGGACAUCCCCCAGGGUAAGCUAUGUCACGAAAAGCAAAGCAUCUGCGUGCGAGAACAUUUGCGAGCUGGUGUUUUUGUUUGUGGUUUUGCCAGGGACAUUUUCAGAUGGAAAUAUGGCAAGUUGUAAUUUAUUGUCCUUUUAUGUUUAUGAAGUCAAGGUGGCUAAAUAAUGGUCUUUUUGUGAAUACAAAAAAUUGCAAGUUGGGAACUUUUGAGGCGGCUAAUAACUUGGGGGCCAGCUUCAGCAAAUUUUAAAAACUGGGGUAAACAUUUUUAACUCCUUUUACUGACUCAACUACAGUAGUACUCGUAAGCUUUUCGUGUAAGAAAAAAGGGGCUGAGUCAUGAUUUUUAAAAAGCUUACUGUCAAAUAUUUCUGUGAUAGUGAACCCCUAAAUAUCCACAUGUCACUAGAUAUAUCGACAAACAUCAUGGAGAUGGGUCAGAAGCAGUUUUCGAACAGCGCUAAAAGCUGGCGGUUUGUCUUCGUGGAGUUUUUGAAGUUGACUAUUUGCCCUUCCCACGCCUUUAACAAUAAUUUUAAAAACAAAUUUAAAAAAUAGAAGAAACUGCAAACUGAUGAGUCGUAGACAAUUGUUUAAUCGUUAGUAUUCGCUCUGUGAGAAUUACAUUUUAAACACGGUUAGAAGCAUAUGUCCUCCGGUACUCCUGAAUUUCAGUCGAGUUAAAAGUGGAGCCAAACAGAGAGCAAGUACAUUUCUUUGAAAAGGGACAUUCACAUUACACUACCUUGUUUAACCUUUUUCUUUGUCCAUUCGUUUCUCUCAAUUAUUGUGUUUUUGUUUUAUCUUGUUUCACUUUUCACUAUUCGGACGCUCGCAUAUAAAAAUCUUAAAAAGUCGAAAGUGCAAUUUUUUAAAAUGAUGUUUCUUUUAGAUAGCCAGCUCAAAUUUGAUGUAGGGUUUUAGUUAUCAGCAGUUUAACCGGAACGCUCUACAUCCUUUUUCGUGAGACAGCCCCCUAACCUUAAGCGUUAUUCCUUAGUCCAUUCCUUUCUUUCGGUUAUUUGUUUAUUUAUUUAAUUGACGUGUACAUUUAGUUCGUUUAUUAAUUAAUUUUACUUUGCGUUAUUUUCCUCACUUAUACAUUGUCCGUGACUGUGCUCACAUGGUGGGUGGCUCCUCCUAAAAUGUUCUGCGAUUGGUAUAGGAUUUAAUGGGGCCGAAACCAAUUGUGGAAUUGCACGCAUUUUAGGCAUCCUACUGAUGAACAGUUGCGACACGUAGAUAUAUAUUUUUUAGCAACUAAGAUAAUUUGCAGUCUGUCUACUUUGAAUUGUAUUUUUGUCUUACAAUGUCUUACAUUUGAAUGGAUUAGAAACAACAUUUUAAAAGUCCUUUGGACGUAUCUUCAUGUCGGACCUCUUGAAAGAGUAGUAGCUUUUUUUCCAUCCCCACCAUGUCAUUCCUUUGGUAUUGAUCUGACCUGGAAGGUACAGGCCAUUCAGAUUGGAGGAGUGACAAUUUUUGUACCACCAGGCGCCUCUAUAAUUUAUGGCACAGUUGGACGAAUACUGGUCGUUAUCACGAUCCCUGGUACUGAAUGCCAUACCACGGUGAGGAGCUAGAGAAUCUCCGGCGGUUCCUGUAAAUUCAACCCCAAUAAAUCGUGGAUUUGUUAAACUAUCUAGGGGAGUCCACUUUUAGCGGCCAGUCAGUCUCUACCCCUAGAUUGAAUAACGCUCCCAUAUGGCUGGCGCAACAGCGCAACCCAGCCAUGAGCCCCCUCACAAAAGGCAACAAAACAGGCACCCUUCACACUAAGAAAUAGCAGUGCGAGAAGGAACAAUAGGAAAGGGAAGGGGGAAGAAAAAGAGAUUGGCAGGAACAAAGCAACGCAUUUACUGCGUGAAAACUAUUACUUUAGCUACUUUAGGUAAGGAAAUAAAUUGACAACGAUAUGAUCUUACCUGAAUAACUUCCCAAACUCAACACGUACUUGGCCUUCUCGCUUGUCACGCCAAAUGAACUGUAUUCUGCGUACGCCUUGUUUCCUUCGAAGUCUUCCAAGUCUACACGAAGCUUGUAAUCACCAUGAACAGUCAGACGAUGGAUCUUGUCUAGACCAAGCCAAAACUCACCGUUUAGAUUGCCAAAGCCAUUCUUGUACUCAUUCCAAGCUCGGUAGAAAUCUACAGACCCAUCUCGUCUUCGCUGAAACACUGUCCAACCUCCACGAUCUGUUUUCUGAUCACAGAAAACUUCAAAUUCACCCAAAGCAUCAGGUUUGAUUUUGUACACACCGCUUAUUUUGAUGCCAGACUUGUAAAGGUCAGCGCAGUUCUUGUUAACUGAAAUUUGGCAAAAAUGAUCAACUAGUGAUGAGUGUUGUUUACCGAUUAUAAUGAUAACAGUAAAGACUGUUCACAGUUGUUUCGCUAUAAAUUACAUUUGACCAAAUUACUCUUUUUAGAUCCAUCAAAAUUUCAAUAAUUUCGCUUAUGUAAUUGGUCAAACACAUAAUCCAAAUCAUGUGGAGAAAAACAAGACCAACUAUUUAAGUUUGUUUUCACCUUUCUCUAAUAAAAUUUGUUACUUUCGUCAAUUUUACACAGAGUAGCUAGUAAAGACUGGAUAUACAAACCCUUCGGCGGACCGGUAACGCCAGUUUCGUUUUUGUUCUGUGGCGGCGAGGAUCUGAUUUCUUCCAGCAUUUCUAUAAUUUUGGCGAGUUGUUGCUCGGUUUUGUUGCAGUUUUGUCCGCCUGCGUAGUAAUAGUUAUUCAUAUCAGACCGUUUCUCCUUCAAACCAUCGUUACUUUUCGCAGGUUUUCUCAGAGUGUGAGCUAGAGCUGUUACUAAACAAGAAAGCAUAAGAAAUUCUAUGAAGCUCUUCAUUUUUUCCAGUUGUGUGCGCAAAGGUUGUUGAAAAUACAUAAAUGAUAACCUGCUAAAGGCUUUUAAGCCUGGAGUAUUUUACGCCCAUAGAAAUGAGAUUUUUAUCUAGGUUAUUUUAGGACCGCUUAAUCAAGGCUUAUCAGUCAGUAGAUUACAACCUCUCACUGUGAAGUGUGGAAUGUGAAGAAAGGUGAUGACUGGGCAUGAAAAAUUUAAGGAGUCCUGGAAAAGUUGAAUUUUACUUCCAUCAUUCUCAAAGGGAGAAGACAUAGUUAUUAGAGGAGACUGGUUAUGAAAAGCGGCAAACAUCAAUGAUAAGAACAACAGUGCUGCAGUUUAUGUUGGAAGUACCGUGAAAGUGCACAAUCCUUUGUUUUCUGUUGGCAAAUUGUUUCGGAAUAAAUUAAUGCAACGUUUUUAUUGGUCAAUACAAUCAAAAUGAUAGGAAUUCUUUUGAACGUUGUGCACUUUCAGGUCCACAAAAACAUAUAACAAAGGAGUCUGACGGGUUUCAUAACCAUUCUACUCAAUUAACUAUGGAGAAGAUGAGGAACGGGAACGACAUACUGAAUACCGCGUCCAAACCACUAUAGAUGCUUCUAUAGGAACAUAUUUUAAUGAGGAAUUAAUCAGUGAAUCGUUACCUUUCAAUGACGUAUAUUUCACUUCAGAUAACGAGUGGCACGCAAUGGACGUAAAAUUUUAAAAAUCGGCGUUUUUAUGACGCCCCAAUUUUAACAGUGUAAUGAGAAAGUUGGUUUAGUUUAUCAAGUCUCGAUGCAUCCAGUUUUCCUCGUUCUAUUGAACGGAUGUAUUUCUAGCUUAACCAGUAUAUACUUGAGGGGCAUAUAAGUAGACGAACAUAGGCAAAGUAAUUUUUAUUGUUUCUGAAUAGUACUUGACUAUUUUUUUUCUGUUAAUCAGCAUUUGAUCAGAAAAUCUUUACUUCUCGAGAGCCUAGAACUACUUAAAACUCCAAUAUCAUUGUUAAUGUUUUUGGAAAUCCGCCCAGAAUGGAUUGGUCUUACUAUAAACGUUACUAUAGUAUUGUACUCAGGCUAAAACUGUUAAAAACAGUCUUCGACAAAUUGUAUUUGUAUAGGUAAUAGCAUGAUUUGUAGUGAUAUUUGAUAUUUGGCAUGAAUACCAGGAGUGAUAUUAAAAAAAAUUCUUAUACGUAAUUUAACGAGCCGUUAGGCGAGUGAAAUUUGAGACAAUUUUAAAAUAUCACGAGUGGUAUUUACGCCAAAUAUCACGUACAAAUCAUGCUAUUAUUUGUUUACUGCCCGCAAAAGGUUUGUAUUUUCGCAUGUAGCGUGAUUUCAAAUUAAGCAGAAAUACCACUGCUCUAGUGGUAUAAAGGAAGGAAGUACUCUGAAACGUACGCGAAAAGUUCGAGCCUACCUUUCAAGUUUUAAAAAAGAGGAAAAAGCCGAAUAGGGAUUAAUUAGGCUCGCUAAUAAACCACUCUGGGAUGCAGUCAUUUGCAACAUAAAGGUUUUCAAGCGUAUAUGCAAAUGCAAUGGCUGUACGCGUAUAUCAGUGUUGCAAAUUAGAGUGGUUUAUUAGUAAGCCUAAUUUAUUCCUAUUCGGCUUAUGACAUUUUUCUUUUCUCCUUUGUGUAUAUUUCUAUGACAACAUUAUUGUAAUUAGGUGUAAGCAGGAGGCAUGGCUCUUGGUGUGAGUGUAUUUUUAUCAAUCUUGUCAACCACAGACAAAUGUGUAAAGUUUGUGUUGAGAGCUCUUUUUUUUAUUAUCAAUAAUCUUCACAGUACAACCGUUUUAUCACUCCUCCUGCUCUGUGUCAAUAUCUUAAAGAGGCUGUCUAACCGAAGACGUUCCUGCUGUUUUCCACUUUUCUGCAUUAAGAGUGCUUGAGUAUCUGAUAACAUACCAAAUCCGGUAGUCAAAUGGCUAUUCCAACAAUACUUGUUCAGUUAGCUGAGAAGCUAGGGUUUUCUUUUAUUGAAACCUAGAUUACUGAAACGAUUCAUUCCCAACUUCUAGACAAGAACUGGCUAGUUCCAUCUAAAACAUUACUCUAACAAAAAACCUUGUUCCUCUUUCGUGAUGAGCCUGCGUGGCAGGCGUUCGAAAGGGAAGGGGAAGGGAAGUAGGGCGCGAGACCACACGCACCCAAAUUCCCCCUUCCCCUUCCCCUUCCCCUUUUAACACCUGCCACGCAAGCUGCUCCUUAGGGGGUUUGUCAGGCAGAAGCAUCAUGUUUCUGAAUUCUCACGAUUUGCCUUGAAACAGGUCUGCAGUCAUUCUCUUGCGCAGAGUCGUUAGAGACCAAUAUUACCUUCUACCUUUGGUCAUCUCUUUUACUAACCUCGAUGUGUCCUUUCUUAGGUUGAUGCAUAGGGGAGGGCGUGGAGGCCCCCCGCCCAGGCGCGGCUACCAAGGCCCCAGACAUUACCGUGGCAACAAUCAAGGAGGUGGAUUCCGAGGGGGACGGGGUGGUGGAUUCCGAGGAGGACCCCCUCGGGGAGGGUUCCGUGGAUUUCGUGGUGGACAGUUUUAGAUACAGAAACGGCUUCUUAAAAUAAGUUAGUCUGGCUGUUUUGCGUCAUGGUGCAGAAUUAACUUUACAGUAAGAGCCAAUUAAAAACGUAUGUUUCCUCGGGCGGAGACGUAAAGAAACGUUCUAUUCAUCUUGGCUUUUCAGGAAUUUAGUUUACAUGAAAGAAAAUUUCUUUUCAGAGAAUAUAGUUCACAAAGUACUAUUAUCCAAUUUUUUUGACUUGUCUGGUGUACAAGUGACUUGGAAGGAAAGACUCGUUGAACAAUAUAUUUGUAAUUUAUACUAGGGUCUUUUGUAGUUCAUUGUAUUGAGCACUGUACUUGCUAUGAAUAUUUGUAUUAAUGUAACAACAUAGUAAAAGAAGUUUUUAGAUAGCAACACGGUUUUUCGGUUUUUAGGACGUUUUCUUUCCAGGCUACGCCUCUUAAGUACUAACUUUGACUUUUCUGGCGAUUACAAUGAAAUGCUACAAUUCCUAUGUUUACUACUUGUCUUAAUUUUUGUGUUCAUGGAUUAAAUAGAAAAAUGAAAUAAAAAUAUUUAUCGG